UCCUUCUUCCUUCCUUCCUUCCUUCUGCACAGCGGCAUCAAUUGGCCAGCUUAAUUUAGUCGUUCGCAGCAUAGACAUAUCCCCGGAUGUGUUCUUGACAAGAAAUCUCAGCUCUUGUUCGUCAACAGAGGCCCUUCUCCCUCCUGUCCGAUCUAUCUUGGAGGGGGAACACUGUCUAGAUUUAUUUGAUUGACGCCAUCCACAGUCACGACUCGCUCAGGAACGGACUCCAGGUCGUUAAUGGCAGCCUGGUCCUUGCAGCGCCGCGUCCUUUACUUUCCCCCUUCUCUCCUUCUUUGCCUUCGCUCCAUUCCAGCAGCUCAUCUCCCACACUUCAAUCUCAUUCUCAUCCUCAUUCUCACCCUCAUUCCCAUUCCCAAUCUUCGUUGCAAUGUCUGAACAGAAGAAAAAGGAGAUCGAGCGCUGGCAUGACUUUGUUGCUGGAAGUCUCGGAGGAAUGGCCCAGGUCACGGUAGGCCAGCCCAUGGACACGAUCAAGACCCGUCUACAGAUCGAGGGUCGGUCAGGACGCUUCUCAGGACCGAUGGAUUGCUUGCGCAAGACCAUCCAGAACGAGGGCUUCCUUGGUCUUUACAAAGGCAUGGCCAGUCCUUUGGUCGGCAUUGCUGCUGUGAACGCGCUCCUCUUUGCCGCAUACUCCAACUUUAAGAAGCUGCAGGAGCCCUAUCCGGGAGGCCCUCUCACUCUUGAACAGAUCGCCAUUGCAGGAGCAGGAGCAGGUAUUGUGAAUGCUGUCCUGGCCUCACCGGUGGAACUUCUCAAGAUCAAGAUGCAGGCACAAUAUGGCGCAGGAUCGACAGUACGUUACUCAGGACCAGUCGAUUGUGCACGCCAAUUGAUCAAAGAGCACGGGAUUCGUCAUGGAUUGAUGCGCGGAUACUGGAUCACGGUCUUGAGAGAGAUCCCCGGCUAUGCUGGCUUCUAUGCUGGAUUCGAGGGCAUGAAGAGAUAUCUGACACCUAAGGGCGAGGAUCCCGCCACAUAUCAUUUGGGACUCUUUUCACUUAUGGCAUCAGGAGCCACGGGAGGAGUAUCCUAUUGGUUUGCAUGCUACCCUCUCGACAUGCUAAAGUCCAUGAUCCAAAAUCAACCCAAUCCACCAAAGGGUGCUUUCUACAUCCUGGACGCGGCGAAGCAGGUCUACAGGGAUGGUGGCAUUAAGCCCUUUUUCCGUGGAUUUUCUCCGACUAUCAUUCGUGCAGUACCUGCGGCAGCAGCAACGUUUACGACGUACGAGUUGGUGAUGCGGGCGUUGUAUGCAUUGUAGAGAAAUGCAUGUAUCAUAGAUCGAGGCAUUCAAAUCAUAAAAAUAAAAAAAGGUGUUAUCAUGAUCAA